CAGCCAGACACCAGGCCCAGUCCCCCUGCGCGCCGAUGUUCUGGCCUGGCCCGGCGCGGGCUGACCGUGGCCUUCGCGCUGCUCAUCCUGGGGCUCAUGAGCUGGGCCUACGCCGCGGGUGUGCCCCUGGCCCAGGACCGCUACGGGCUGCUGGCCUUCGGGCUCUACGGCGCCUUCCUGGCCGCGCACCUGCUGGCGCAGAGCACCUUCGCCUACCUGGAGCACCGGCGCGUGGCGCGGCGGGCGGCGGCGCGGGGUCCCCUGGACGAAGGGUCGGCCCGGCGCGUGGCGCUGACCAUCUCGGCCUUCCAGGAGGACCCGCAGUACCUGCGCCAGUGCCUGGCUUCGGCGCGCGCCCUGCAGUACCCGCCAGCGCGCCUGCGGGUGCUCAUGGUGGUGGACGGCAACAGCGCGGACGACCUCUACAUGCUGGACAUGUUCCGCGAGGUCUUCGCCGACCAGGACCCGGCCACCUACGUGUGGGCCGGCAACUACCACCAUCCCUGGGAGCCCGCGGCCGGGGCGGUGGGCGCGGGGGCCUACCGCGAGGUGGAGGCGCACGACCCCGGCCGCCUGGCCGUCGAGGCCCUGGUGCGCUCCCACCGCUGCGUGUGCGUGGCCCAGCGCUGGGGCGGCAAGCGCGAGGUCAUGUACACGGCCUUCAGGGCGCUCGGGGACUCCGUGGACUACGUGCAGGUGUGCGACUCUGACACAAGAUUGGACCCCAUGGCACUGCUGGAGCUUGUGCGGGUGCUGGACGAAGAGCCCCGUGUUGGGGCUGUGGGGGGCGAUGUCCGGAUCCUGAACCCCCUGGACUCCUGGGUCAGCUUCUUAAGCAGCUUGCGCUACUGGGUGGCCUUCAACGUGGAGCGCGCAUGCCAGAGCUAUUUCCACUGUGUGUCCUGCAUCAGCGGCCCCCUCGGUCUGUACAGAAAUAACCUGCUGCAGCAAUUCCUGGAGGCCUGGUACAACCAGAAGUUUCUGGGCACCCACUGCACCUUUGGGGACGAUCGGCACCUCACGAACCGGAUGUUGAGCAUGGGCUAUGCCACCAAGUACACCCCACGCUCCCGCUGCUACUCGGAGACCCCGUCGGCCUUCCUGCGCUGGCUGAGCCAGCAGACGCGCUGGUCCAAGUCGUACUUCCGAGAGUGGCUGUACAACGCGCUCUGGUGGCACCGGCACCAUGCCUGGAUGACCUACGAGGCCGUGGUGUCGGGCCUCUUCCCCUUCUUCGUGGCGGCCACGGUGUUGCGCCUCUUCUACGCCGGCCGGCCCUGGGCGCUGCUGUGGGUGCUGCUGUGCGUGCAGGGGGUGGCGCUGGCCAAGGCCACCUUCGCGGCGUGGCUGCGGGGCAACGCGCAAAUGGUCCUGCUGUCACUGUACGCGCCGCUCUACAUGGGCGGCCUCCUGCCCGCCAAGUUCCUGGCACUGGCCACCAUGAACCAGAGUGGCUGGGGGACGUCGGGCCGUCGCCGCCUGGCUGCCAACUACGUGCCGCUGCUGCCCCUGGUGCUUUGGGCGCUGCUGCUCCUCGGGGGCUUGGCGCGCAGCGUGGCCAGCGCGGCCGCAGCCGACUGGAGCGGGGCAGAGGGCACUGCUGAGGCCGUGCACCUGGCAGCCGGGGCGGGGGCCUAUGCCAGCUACUGGUUGCUCAUGCUCGGGGUCUACUGGGGGUGCGUGCGGAGGCUCUGCCGGAGGCGUGCGGGGGGCUACCGGGUGCAGGUAUGA